UCGGGGCACAUGUGGAGAGAUCCUAGCUACAAAGGCCCCGAUGAGAUGGCGGAAAAAGCGAAAAUGGUGAGACAGCCAAAGAGAGAAAGCGAAAACAAACCACACAUCAAACGACCGAUGAACGCUUUCAUGGUGUGGGCCAAGGACGAGCGUAGGAAAAUUCUGAAGGCAUGCCCCGACAUGCACAACUCGAACAUAUCCAAAAUACUCGGCACUCGGUGGAAGGGGAUGUCCAACUCGGAGAAGCAGCCGUACUACGAGGAGCAGUCGCGACUGUCCAAGCUACACAUGGAGAAGCACCCGGACUACAGGUAUCGGCCGCGCCCGAAGCGCACCUGCAUCGUCGACGGCAAGAAGAUGCGCAUCUCCGAGUACAAGAUGCUGAUGCGCCAACGCCGCCAGGAAAUGCGUCAGUUAUGGUGCCGAGACAGCGGACCCGAGAUAGGCUUCCUAUCGCCGGUGCAGUCGGAACUCGGUGGUCAGUCCGGAGGGGGGCCUGGGCCGUCCGCACGACCGUCAGUCUCGCCGCCAGCCAGCAUAAUGAACGGCAGUACCGCGGGCCCCAGCUCCGACCACCCGUCGUUCUACUACCCACAAGACAGCCUGUCGCCGUCGGACGUGAUGAACUUCUCGCCCGAUAACUCGGGCUACGCCAGUCCUCGGCAGCACGCCGACGAGGAUUGAACCGUGGCUCCGGGUCAGCCAGCGAAUAUCUGGCAACCCGGAGCAGCCAGACUCGGAGCUCACGAUCUCUUCUGGUAGACUCACCGCUCGACUCAUCUUUCAGGAAGCUCUCGCCUUCCGAGCUUUCUACCAUCUUGUUGUUUUUUCUUUAAAUCUUCUUUUUUAUUAUUGUUCAUUGUUUUUUUCCGUUGCUCUGAGGAGAAACGACGCCGCGAAGGAUCAAAGACUUUGGCAGUUCGUUCUUCUUUAUUUGUGAUGUUUUUAAACGUAGAUGACGAUUGCGAAUGAUACGAUAUGAUAUGCGAGAGCGAGCCUUUCGCCGGUAAUCUCUCUGUGUGCCAUCGAGCGAGCGAGAAGCGGGCUACGAGCGUUGCUCUCGCGCAAGAACGUCCCCGCAAUGAAAAGACACAGACUUGUCGAUUAGUGAACGACACGCGUAUGGAAAAAGCCAGUUCUUCGUUAUACAUUAUACGUACUCUUUCUUUUCUUCCUUUUGUCGAUAUGAGUAGACACAUUUUUGUUCGUCAUUGAUUUUGUCAGAUGGAAGUGCACGAAGACAAAUGUUAAAUGUUCGGAUUAUUACACUGUACGGGGGAGAUACGUAGUGGACGAUUGUUUUUCUUGAGAACGAGAGAAAUCGUAACGGGGCAUCUUCGCAAACGUUAUAGUCGUUUCGUUGCCACGCUAGAAUACACAAUAGGAACUCUAAAUGACAUCAAUGCAAAAAUAAUUAACUUGUAUUGUCUAGCAUUACGUAAUAUUUUCGAGUGAACCAGUGAAGCGCAGCUAGCUUAAGUGCGUUUUACUUUAAAAGCGAGAAAUGCACUCUUAUAAUCGAUAAUCAAAAAUUGAACCAAAAUAAUAACAAUCGAGUGAAAGAAAAUUUUGUAACUCCAAGAGAAACGAAACGAAGCAUUCGCAGAUAAGAUUUUCAUUAGAGUGUCACUGUGCAAAUCGAAAAGAUGAAUAAUAAAAAACUCACAUUUAUUGAAUAAUUUGUGAACUGAGAGUAGAAGUAAAACACAUUUACCAACUUCUAACAUUUUUGCAUAGGUCGACAAAGAACUUGCUCCAAAUUGUACUUGUAACUUGAAAAGUACAUAUUUAUAAUGAAUUAUGAUGAGAUGUUUUUGAAAAAAAAUUUUCAAAUCUUUUUGGCAUAAACAAUUUAAAUCAGCUCAAUUUUUGGACUGAUGAUUAAAUCUUGUUCCUACGCCUCUUUAGCUCAUACAAAGUAAACGGGUCAAAACUCGAACAAGUUUGUAUACUGACUAAUUCGAGAGUGCGAAUAAACUUUAUAACAUAAAAAAGACCACAUUUCACUACAGAUGUCUAAUAAUACAUUAUAAAUGUACUAUGAUACUUUGUAACAUGCACGCGUAUGCAAGUUUACUUGGCCAUUACACACAUACAGCACUGUAAAUUUAUCUAAGUCAUUGAAAUGCCCUGAAAAUUUUUUAUAGCUAUGUAACGUUAUGGAAUUUACGAAAAUCUAUUUUUGAUUUGUUGAUUGCAUUCCAAAACCGAAUCAUUAUUAUGUCACAUUUUAUUAAAGUAGAUAUUUCUCAACACUUCAAUAAUAGAUAAAAAUGAAAGGAUGUUGCUCGCUGUUUUAGUUAUUUAUUGAAAAACUAUUAUUUCAAUUGGAAAUGCUAGCAUCAUCCACAUAAAUUAUACGUUAAAGUAUGAAAACUAAUAAUGAUUUCAUUGAUACAAUGGUAAUAAUAUUGAGGGCAUUUCAGCAAGAACCCAUAAGGUUCUAUUAGUUCAAGAUCUAAAUGGAUCAAAAUAUGUACUCAUAAUUGCGAACAAAGAUUAAACCACGACUAUUCAUCAAUGCGUAUUGAAAUGCGCCUUCGUACUUAGAAAAAAAUUGCUGGAUAUAUUGAGCCCUCUUACAUUACUUAGAGAGUCGAGAUAGAAAGAAACAUAAUGAGGAUACAUGUGCAAUUAAUUAUUGAACAAAAAUAAACAAAAGGAUAAAAAAAAGGAAAAUGACGUAUUUUAAAUAGUAGCUUUAAAUGUUUGAAUUCAUUGAAAGCUAUACAUGUACAUACACAUAUAUUUAUGGAAAUUAAAUGACUUUCAAUGAAUUUGAGUAGUUUUCAAAUUUGAGUAGUUUUGAUCGUUAUAGAGUUAUGAUAAUGUUUUUCUUACUAUUUAUUAUGUUUGCAUCCGAGGGAUGUAUAAUUUCUAUUGCCUUUUUAUAUGUUGAUAUUUAAUUUUGAAACAUCAAUGACAUACGUUGAAAAUUGAAAAUAAAAAGAAUAUCGAUUAUAAAUGCAUAAAAUAGUAAAGAUAUGUAAUGUUGGAAAAUUCAAUGUGAUAUACAAUUGAUACUUACGUGCCAAAUAGUGUUUGUUUAGGUAUUUAAAAGAUUAGUAGGACAAUUAAUAUUAAGUUGUCUCGUUUUUUUGAAGAUCUUUAUUCAUUGGAUAUAUAUAAUUUCGAAUGAAAGCUGUAAAGAGUUAUCGACGUCAUCUCUUUCUCUCUCGAGUCUCUAUUAUACUGCAGUCUCUCUUAACUUCGCAUCUCCCUUAGUUGAAUGUGUAACCAGUGCAAUUUUAGAUAAAGAAAAUGGUAUGUACCUAAUGUAAUAAUUUUUACAAAGAGAGCCAGUAUCCUCGGUAAGAAACAAAUAAUAGCAAAAAAAAAAAAAAAUAACGCUUGGCCAAAGAGCACUAAAGGAAAAAGGAGCCUUUGCCGAAGCGCGAGAUAAUUAACUAUGUAGAGAAAAAAGUGAGUGUGAUGAGAAUUAAUCGACUCGACUCGACAAAAUAUAAGAGAGGAUAGUGAAGUUACGUGUGCCACUAGCGUUGCGUGUGGCAGCAAGACAUAGCUUAAAUGUUAAUAAUAAUUUAUUUUAUGUAUAUAGUGGAUUUUUACGGUGGGCCCCGGCAGAUGCCCAGUGCGAAACGAUGAUAUACUAUAUAUAACUAUAAUGAUGAUGAAUGAUUAUACAAUUAAUACGGCGGCGGGAGGCGCUGCGUGGCGUGUCGGAGGCGCGCUCGUCGGUAUUACUAUGAUAUUAUAUAUUAAUGUACAGUGUAACUAUAUUACUUGUGAUGUACCUAUACGUAGUUGUAUGUGUAAAGUUAUUCGAGAAACAACAAAUCUUGUAGACUAUGCAUAUUAUAUGAUUAUAUAUAUAUAUUUAUAUAUAUACAAACAUACACAUACGCGCGCGCGCAUACUCACGCACACACGCACACACAUAUAUAUAUAAUCAUAUUGUUACUCAUUGUACACGCUGGACAAAAGCUCUAUGCUUCAACCGUCAUUAUUAUUAUCUUUUUAACCUUAUUAUUGGUUCACAUAAACGAAUAUUAUUAUUUUUAUUACUAUUAUAUUAUCAUUUUAUUACUGCUAUUAUUAUUAUUACGCCGUUUAUUCUCAUUAUCGAUACCAUCGUCACUUCAUUAUCAACAGUUUACGAGUCAACAACAAAACUGUCCCUAGUGAUAUAUCGACAACAAUUAUACGUGCCAGUCGUCAUUAUUUUAUAACGGAAAUACAUUUGAAAAAACCUCAUUCAAUCAUUGCAGUUUAUAAAAGACUUUUUCUUUAACAAACUCCGAUAAAACUAUAGAGUGUUUCACAGAAUUUUUAUCAUAAAUUAAAAUUACAAUAAUAAUGUCAACUAUUUUAUUUAACGCCAUCUUUAGGAGCUUUAAAAACUUUUCUGGUACUCGAGUUUUUUCGGAUGACUAAUUACCUCAACGUUAAAAUUAAUCGGAUGACCAAUUUGCAAUUUUCAAUUCUUGGCCAGACUUUUCAUCGCCAGUUAUGACUUCCAAAGAUCUAUUAUUUCGCGAGGAUAUGCUAUUGCAAUAACUGUUACAAUCUUAACAUUUUUAAUUAUCGAUAACAAUACAAAUAAAUGUAUAUAAGAAAAUUGUAGCUCAAUGGUUUUUGUUCUGGAGUGAAAUGUUUGCCGCUUUAUUGCUACGGCACAGCGUGAGUACAUUGAAUUGUAAAAUUUAUUUGAUCUUUUUUGAUUGAAUCAUUUUUGCAAUUUGAGUGCAUUUGUAUGCAAUCGCAAAAUCUUUUGAAUAACAUUUUUCGACAUUUAUUUGUAGGAUGCCAAAAUAAAUUAGACGCACGACUCGAUUCACACGUUUGUAAUCUGUUUUCCGUUACAAUUGCCUUUUUUAACGUGCCAUAUAUUAAUAAAAACCAACGACUUUGUUAAGAUUUUAAACAUGUAAACGUGUAAAGAAUCUCGCUGAUAGCAAAUUAAAUAAUGACUUUCUGUAAUGGCACGAUUAGUAUUUAUACUAAUUUCGUAUGCACUCUAAACAAAGCAGAAAAAAAAAGAAUGAAAAAGUCUUAUUACCUACGCUAUAAUCUUUAGCGCUCAAUAGUUGCAGCAUAUUGACGAAAUGGUCGCAUUAUCUUCGACUUACACGAAAAAUAAUCUUGAAGAAAAUAAUUAUUGUAAACAAAAGUAUACUAUUAAUAACUCUUUAUCCUGAUAUCAAUCAAAAGUAAAUGAAAAAAGAAAUGCAGUACGGAGCCACGAAGAAGUAAACUUGAAUUUUUGAGAAUAAUAUAAUUUUCACUACUCCAUUCAAGAAGUACGUUGUUAAUGAAAUAUGGCAGGAUGAAAGGAAAAAUAAUAGCGAUUUACCGAAUAAAAUGAAUAAUUUACGAGUAAAUUACACAACGUUACUUCUAGGGACAAGUGCGUAUGAAUAAAUAAGUAAAAGAAAAUGUAUAUAAUUGUGCAAAACUAUGAGUGAAUGAGAGUGGACGAAUGAUUGUUUUGAGACGGCGAAAAAACAUUGACAUUCUCAUCGGCACCUUAACACUUAUUCCAUCUAUUUUUAUUUUUAGUUGUUUAGUAUUUUAGUAGUCUUGGGUCUUACGUCGAUUAAACAGGAAUAAUCAAAAACAUAAUCAAAAGAAAAUCAGGGAAAACUAGGAUUUUCCGACUGCAAUGGUGCUUUACUCUUCACGAAGAUAAUGGACUCGUGUACACGAGUAUGAGAUUACAUUUAGCUAGUACGUCCAGGUAUUGAGGGUUUUAUUAUUUUUUUUAUCAACUUGUGAGCGAAAAGUGUUAAGGUGAUCCGCAAGUAUAAUUAAAGACGCAUAACACGUACUGGAAAAGCCAUCGCUAGGAAACUUUUCGUUUAUUUUAUUAUGUUUCUCGUAAUCCAAGAGAGCGUUGUGGCUAAAAAGCUUGUCUUUACAAAUAAGCUCACAACGACAAGAAAGGGAAAAAAAAUUGGUCUGCAAAAUAUGCUUACACUUAGUAAGCAGUCACAAUCAACACGUGCAUAUCAAAUCAAAUUGCAAAAGCGCACAAGUUGGCUGUGAAAUACGUACAGACGAAAAUUUUCAUUUUCAAAUAAAGAUAAGAAAAAGCAAAGUCUUGUUUAUUUCGAAGUAAAUGGCAAAUUACUAAAUAAUCAUCAUUAAAUACAUUGUAAUGCGUCUCUUAAAACUUUUGAAUCUACGUAUGUACUAAAAUAGAAAAGAGAAACGAAUUUUAUGAUCCUGGAUGUGACUUUUCUUUGAGAAUAGUGACAUCAAAAAAAUGUACUGUCACACAUAGAGAACAACUCUAUUAUAAACAUAGAUAUAUCAUUAUAUUUAUUAAAAUAAUUUAAAAGUUAGGUACUCUUUGUUUGUAUUUUACAGGCGUAUUCAUUAUUACAUAUAAAUAAAUA